ACAAUUUGAAUAUCAAACUCACAAAAAUUAUGAUUACACAAUUACAUGCAUGUACUUUCUUCUUUAAAUGAAAUGUGCUAAAUUGAGAUGGCAGCCAUUUAAAAAAAAAAAACAGGAUGAGAAAGCACAAAGUCACACCCCCCACAUGAUAUCAUUGAAUACCCCAGAAUGUCCUCUCAGAGGUACAACAGGACUUAACAAAGUGGCAUGUAUGUCCUCAGAGAUACGGCCCAAAAAAUCAAUCUCCAUUAGAGUGGACAAAAAUGAAUUGAUUUCAUUUAUUGAUGGGUCUCUGAAGGGAUUAAAUGGAGUCAUAUGUCAAGUCAAAUUCUGGGUAUGUGUAAAUUUACUUGGCAAAUAAAGGUGAUUCUGUUUCUGAUUCUGAUGUCUGUUGACCAGGAGCUGGAUGACUUGAARAAGUGGGGCCUUAAUAUCUUUCGUCUGGCUGAGUUCUCCAAUAAUAGGCCUCUCAGCUGCAUCAUGUUCGCCAUCUUCCAGGAGAGGGAUCUGUUGAAGACGUUUCGAAUCCCUGUCGACACUUUUGUGACCUAUGUUAUGACCCUGGAGGACCACUACCAUGCCAACGUGGCCUACCACAACAGCCUCCACGCCGCUGACGUCACACAGUCCACCCAUGUCCUGCUGUCCACACCGGCUCUGGACGCUGUGUUCACUGAUCUGGAGAUCCUGGCUGCGUUAUUUGCUGCUGCCAUCCAUGAUGUGGAUCAUCCUGGCGUGUCCAACCAGUUCCUCAUCAACACCAACUCGGAGCUGGCUCUGAUGUACAACGAUGAGUCAGUCCUGGAGAACCACCACCUAGCCGUGGGCUUCAAGCUGCUCCACGAGGACAACUGUGACAUCUUCCAGAACCUCAGCAAGAGGCAGAGACAGAGCCUGCGCAAGCUCGUUAUCGAUAUGGUGUUGGCGACGGAUAUGUCCAAGCACAUGAGUUUGCUGGCUGAUCUGAAGACCAUGGUGGAGACGAAGAAGGUGACCAGUUCAGGAGUGCUCCUGCUCGACCACUACACUGACCGCAUCCAGGUGCUGAGGAACAUGGUGCACUGUGCGGACCUAAGUAACCCCACCAAGCCCCUGGUCGUGUACAGAGAGUGGACUGAGCGCAUCAUGGAGGAGUUCUUUAGACAGGGGGACAAGGAGAGGGAGAGAGGCAUGGAGAUCAGCCCUAUGUGUGACAAACACACUGCUUCUGUGGAGAAGAGUCAGGUGGGCUUCAUCGACUACAUCGUGCACCCUCUGUGGGAGACGUGGGGGGACCUGGUGCACCCUGACGCCCAGGACAUCCUGGACACUCUGGAGGACAACAGGGACUGGUACCAGAGCACCAUCCCCCAGAGCCCCAUCUCCCCACCCCCAAUCCCAGACAAGAGGCUCAACGCCUGUAUCGACAAGUUCCAGUUCAAGCUCACCUUGGAUGACGACACAGAGGGAGGACAGGAGGAGGAAGAAGAGGAGGAGGAAGAGGAGGAGGAGGAGGAGGAGGAGGGGAAAACCACCCCCAAUCACAUGGUGCUGGACUGCAGUCAGGGAGAGGAGGAAGACAAGAAAGAAGAGGAGGAAGGAGAGGACGUGUUAAAGGAUGAAAGGGAAGGAGACAUCAUAGAGGAGGAAGGGGAAGUAGGGAUGGAGGAGGAGGUGGAGAAGAGGGGAGUUCUUCAGCAAGCUCAGUCAGGAGUGGAGAUACACUCUGACACAAGCCCCGUGGAGGACGGCGAGGAGGAAGACUCCUCCUCACCAGCUGAUGACACAUGAGUCCCGCUCCUCUCUCCCUGGCCACACCCCACAUGCACACACCACGCCCCUGUUGUCCAUCCUUUAUUUCCAAUGGCCAAAACCCAAGAUCAAAUAAGACUGCAUAGACAAUAGACCUUUAAAUCUAUUUUUCAAAAAGGGAACACAAAUAAUAUUGCUUAAAGAAAAGCUAUUUACACAGCAACUGUAGAUUUGGAGUGGGAGCUGGAGGUGUUUCAUAGCUGAUGCUAUGAGGAACAGCUAUGAGGACAAAGAGGAACAUAGAGAAGCAUUAAUAAUGGGCCAUUGAAGACAGUGUAGCACUGGAACUGAAACACACACACAUAAACAUGCACAAACUCACCUCCACACACAAACACACCUCACUCACACACUUUGAUUCA